GCUUCUGCACCCCUUUUGAACCCCCUGGGCGUCGCCAUACAACAUAGCGUGGUGACACGGAGAAAUGAAACGUGAAACUAUAUACUACUAUUGUGGUAUUUGAAUACCUCGACUUGUCACAAUAGCUCAAUACCAAAAGGUGAGGGCUGAAUAGCGUUCAGUUCGGGACAGAUUACCGAACCAUAUCAAUGAAAUACGUCAAGGGAGAUAUAAUACAGUAUGAUAACUCGCUGUGUAUGAUCCGCGGAGUAAUGGCGCUACUAAGCUCUUGAAUAAAUGUCGGGUUUAUGAAGCUGGUUUAUCCAACAAGCAAUUGGCAUACACGGUAUGGAGUAUGAACACGACGAGGAUUUAUCCUUCCCGGAUCAUGGUUUCUACUCGGUACAGGACGAGUCACACAGAAGAUACAGCCGUACCGGGAAACAUCGGAUACUCGCUCAGAAAUACGACGCUAGCCUUAUGAAGUACAGGUACAGCGAUGAGACUGAGAAAAGCUCCCCAUACAGCAAGACACUGUCUGAAUCUGACAGUCCAGUCCCGUCGGAUUCGGCCGGUAGCUACCAAGGUGUGUACUCACCGCAAUUGGCGCAGAGGAAUGGAAACUUCAAAGACACUCCAUGGACCUCAUCUAAAGAGCCCCGACGAUCUUUGAUCGACGAAGAGUCAGCAAGCACAUGGAUUUCCCCGGGAGUGCAUCCAGCUAUCACUGGCCCAUUCGAGAAGAUUCGACACCCUUUUCCCGAUUCAUUAACAACAGAUAACAAAUUUGACUUUGAAAACGUUGAUCCAGGUGAUCAUUGGCUAACAGAUGACAGUUCCCACCGGGACAACAUCGGAAGCAUGGAUGAAAGUGAACAACGUACAUUCGAACGAACGAAUAACGAACCAAGCGACGACCCAUCUCAUCGGGAGCCUCCACCGCCGUAUUCUGUGGCUGUUCGCUCCUCGAAGGGACCAGCUCCAAGGUCAUACUUAGAUAUCGUUCCAGAGCUCACUAAGGAUUUACAAGGCCUACCUGAUAUUGACAGACUGCUUGAAAAUCUAGAAGGUUCAAAAUCUCAUCCGGAAUUGCCAUAUCACAAUAGUGACUUUGCCAAACCUGCCGAUAAAUUACAAGUUGACAUCAUCAACCAGCCCAAUGUUUCUGUUUGGGCUGAACUUGUCCAUAUUGACGAGUCUGAGGACGAGAAGCCACUGCGUCCCAAUAAUGGCAUCAUCAUCACGGAGAACAGAGAAAGGCGGGCAAGCUCUCCUGAUAGGCACAUCCGGUUCGUCCUUGAGGGGAAAAGAGGUCAGAGCGACCCCGAAGACAUCACUCGAGCUUCAGAGAGUAUCGACUGGAUGGGUCCUGAGAUUCGGGAGCUGCAGGCAAGGGAUCCUUAUGACGCAGAGGUUGGCAGAGACCAAGCAUAUGAACAACAUCAUGGAGAACCCGUGGGCUUGACGCCACUGGUGGAUGAAGUGUUCAGCUACCCUAGGACUUCUGACGAUGCCGCACCAGAAGAUGAAAGUUCCCAAAACUAUGGUCUGGACAAUCCGGGAUAUGCCUACAACAUUGAAGAAUUGAAUAAUUAUACCUCCGUAGACCAGCACAGACCUACAAAGAAGCCUGUUUCGUCGGACAGUGUGCGCCGUCGAGCAAUAGAUUGGUAUGGGAAGGGACAUGUCUAUGAUAGCUCCCAAUCUUCAACACUUGAUAGUGUAUUUACUGAACGCAGCUGGGCAUCAGAUGUAGGACAGCCAAGGGCGUAUCGUCAGAAAAGAAGAGUGUACCCCAAACCGAAAGAUCCAGUCGGGGACCUGGGUGAUGGGUUGCAAUCAAAACUUGGUAGGAAGACUAUUGAUAAAGAGAACGACCGUCUGCAUCAGAGCAGUUCUGCGAGAUCACGAAAGCCAGGCGAUAAAGACGAAAUGGGUCAAAGCAGGGGGCAUGGUGCGCCCUCAGGCGGUGAACAUCCUAGACAGGAGGCGCAAGAAGGAGAUGUUCGAAGAUCCCUUAUCAAGCAGGAACUAGACCUCUUUAUGCAAAGAAAAUCAGGUCCUAAUAGCCAUUCAACAAGCAAGCGUGUAGGACCCCUCGAAUCCAGAAGGCCAUCGGCCGAAAGAAGCUAUAACAGUAGAAUCGCUAGUAAAGCAACAUCCGCAAGUCCUCAUAGGCCACAACAACGAGCAUACAUAGCCGGGGAACAUCCUUUAAAUAGCAAGGGUCGUACGCAGCUUAAUUCGACACGGGUUAACUCAAGGCCCAAGCCCAGAACCUUCUCCGAUGAACAUCUCCAUCGAGCUGUUCCACUAAGAAACCCUGCCCUCGUAGGAAAGAAUGACCGACCACUGACAUACCCGAAUGAUAUCAACAGACCAUUUUUGCAACUCAUUUUCCAGGAAGAUAACAAUGCCAUACGUAAUAAUCUCAAUAAAAUCAAUGAAAACAAUCCCCCCUCUCAGAGACUACGACCAACUCAAGAACCCAGACAACAUCUUUCAUCAAAGCAUCCACACCGACCUGGCAGAGACGACAAUCUUAGGCCACACGAGCAAAGGCCUCACCGACCUCAUACAACUAGAAGACCAAGUGACAACAAGGGAAAUCGAUCGCAACUUCCGCCGAAACCACAACGCCAUAUAAGACACGACGAUUCACAGCCAGCUGGUCAUGUACACCCUCCAGGAAAACCUUCGUUACAGACACAUCCAACUCAUGACAGACAUCAUCAGUACAAACCGUCAAAUGAAAGACGAACAAGAGAGAACAACGAAAUAACCUCGAACAUGUCAGCCGUUUCGCAAGUACCACACAGACAUGUACGUCCAGAACCCUCAGCUAACACGAACGAAAAAGUGAAUCACAGGCCGGCGAAUGAAAGACGAUCCAGAGGUGAGAUCGAGGAGACUUCUCCGACCAUUGUAACCGUUUCAGAAGUGCCACAACUGCGUCGCGAUCCAGAAACCCCACCUAGCAACAACCAACAAGGGCAGCAAGGGGAACAGACACCCGCGAGUAGAAAGAAGUCUGACACGGGGACUUUUUCAAAUCAUCGAUUCUUCUCAGUGAUGGCGGCUAUCUGGUUUUUCCCAAUCGGGAUCUGGGCACUCAGAAAAUCUCAUCAGGUGGACUCUCAUGUAAAAGCAAAGGAUCUGCCAGGUGCCAGAAAAGCGUCCAAGUCGGCAAGAAACCACGCCAUCGCUGCCUUUGUCUUAUUUGGCUUCAUCGUACUCAUCCUGAUAGCGAGGCUGAUAGAGAUUACUAUUGACCCUCGUAAAACGUUCAUCCAGUACUAUGAGAUAGUUCCCGAAGAGGUUGAUAGGAUAUGAUGCUAGAGGUCGCCAUAGAAUCUACAAAACCGUUUAUCCAGAACUAUGACAUAGUGACGGAUAAUGUAAAUAGAAUAUCGUAUUAUACCAGGGUAACUUUUAGUGAGGUGGUUGUAAACUACUAUUGACCCUCGUAAAACGUUCAUCCAGUUCUAUAAGAUAGUUCCCGAAGAGCUUGAUAGGAUAAGAUACUAGAGGUUGCCGUAGAACUAUAUGAAACCAAUUAUCCAGAACUAUAAGAUAGUGCCGGAUAAUGUAAAUAUAAUAUCGUAUUAUAUCAGGGUAACUUUUAGUGAGGUGGUUGUAAACUACUACUGUUCCUCGUCAAACAUUCAUACAGUACUAUACGUGACUGAAAAGGUUGAUAAAAUAUGAUGGUAAAGGUUGCCGUCGAACUAUAUGAAACCAAUUAUCCAGAAUUAUAAGAUUGUGCCUGAUAAUGUAAAUAGAAUAUCGUAUAUAUCAGGGUAACUUUUAGUGAGGUGGUUGUAAACUACUACUGUCCCUCGUCAAACGUUCAUACAGUACUAUACGUGACUGAAAAGGUUGAUAAAAUAUGAUGGUAAAGGUUGCCGUCGAACUAUAUGAAACCAAUUAUCCAGAACUAUGACAUAGUGCCGGGCAAUGUAAAUAGUAUAUCGUAUUAUAUCAGGGUAAUUUUUAAUGAGGUGAUUGUAAACUACUACUGUCCCUCGUAAAACGUUCAUACAGUACUAUACGUGAUUGAAGAGGUUGAUAGAAUAUGAUACUAAAGGUUGCCGUCGAACUUCUGAAUUUUUUUUCCAGAAUUAUAAGAUUGUGCCCGAUAAUGUUAAUAUUUUACUAGUGUCAUUUUAGUGAGGUGAAUAGAACCACUACUGUCCCUCGUAACACGACCAUACAGUACUAUCCGUGACUGAAGAGGUUGAAAGAAUAUGAUGCUAAAGGUUGCCGUCGAACUUCUGAAAACAAUUUUCCAGAAUUAUGAGAUUGUGCCUGAUAAUCUUAAUAUUUUACUAGUGUUGUUUUAGUGAGGUGAGUAGAACCUCUACUGUCUCUCGUAACACGUUCAUACAGUACUAUCCGUGACUGAAGAGGUUGAUAGCAUAUGAUGCUAAAGGUUGCCGUCGAACCUAUGAAAACAAUUUUCCAGAUUUAUAUGAUUGUACCUGAUAAUUUUAAUAUUUUAAUAGACAGUGUCAUGUUAGUGGGGUAAAUAGAAACUAAUACAGUCCCUCGUAAACGUUGAUGAGAGGUUGGUACAAAAUGACUCCGUAGACCGUUGAUGCUCUUGAAACUUUUAUCCAGGUCUUUGAAAAUAUAUCAUGUCUGAUUGGGCUGAUAACGGUGUAAUGUUUAAACAAUGGGAUGAUUAUAGGCCGUCGCAAAACAAGCAGGAGUUCGAUAAGAUGAAUGGUAUAUGCAUAUAUAUAUAUAUAUAUAUAACCCUACAUGUUGUAUUAACAAGACAUCUUUAUAUAACCCUAAAUGGUACAUUAACCGGACAUCAAAACAACUAGUAUAUUACACUAACGCUAACCCUAACCCUGACCCUAAAUUAAAAACAAUAUAACUAAUAAAACUAAUGACUAAUGAUUAAACAUAUUGCUUCUUGGGAAGCUUAUAAGUUUCCUCUGCCUGUAAACGUACGUAGACGACAGUUAUUGUUAUUGUUCAAACGUUAACAAUAACAGGGCAUGCAAAUGUCCUGAUAAUGACCAUGCUUACUUCAUAAACUAAUUUUUCACUACAUAUGUCUGUGUAAUGAGAUGUAUACAUCUAAGUUUAUAAUAGAUACAGUAAUAUCAAAUAGAAGAGAUGAAUUAAAUUGUAUGUCACAACUCAAGUUUGAAUACUGAAAUGCAUGGGUAGUACUUCCAUUCAAUGAAACAUGUAAUAUAUACAUUUUUCGUCUUAGGAACCAAACAUUGUAUCGAGGGUAGAAUCAGAGUGUGUGCUCUCCUUACCUUUUGGAUCAAUACCGUCCAUCAUUUGAGAUCAAACCGGUUUCAUGAUGUCACAAUAAAUAGAAUGACGUAGUCCUCAUAA